AUGGGCAAACUUAUCAAGAAUCACUGGGCUCGUCUCAUCAUUCUCACAGCGGCACUAUAUCAGCUCGCGGCCGGCAUACACGGAUUCUUCUGGCCCAAGAUAUUCUGGGACUUCCUCACGAAAAACCUCGAUCGGGCCGUCAGGCCGGUUCCAAUACUACAGAUCAUAAACGUUCUGCUCGGGCUGCUGGCCCUGGCCUGGGAAUGGCCGUUAAAACCGCUCGCGGGAACGCUGUUCCACCGCAGCAUCGAAAUCAGACUCUUCAUCCUCCCUCUCAGCGCACUGGCUUCGGCCUUGUUAUACCAAGGCACAAAUCCUGCGAUAUAUUAUGUGAUUGGAAUGGCUGUCUACUUUUGGGGAUACAGUGAAGGAGAGGAACGCUGUGCCGUUUGUGUGUCCAUUGGAUCAUCUGCAGCUAUGUCGGAAAUACCCUCCAAGCCAUGGCUGUUGAAUUUCCGGUCUUCAGAGAUUUUCAUCGUCCUGGUCGUCUCCAUCGCCAUUUUCGUGGAUGUAUUUAUCUACAGCAUGAUAAUACCCAUUAUCCCUAAUGCUCUUGUCGACCGUAUCGGCGUGUCACCACAUGAUGCCCAAACCUGGAUGUCUAUCCUUCUAGCUACCUAUGGAGGAGCUCUCCUAGUAGGAUCCCCCAUCUUUGGAUAUAUUGCGGAUCGCUCCAGGUCACCGAAGGGCCCAUUUGUCGUUGGCCUUCUCGCUCUGGCCGUGUCAACGGCGCUGUUUAUGUUCGCCAGGUCGCCUGCCUGGUUUGUUAUUGCCAGAGGCCUGCAGGGUCUCUCUGGUGCUGCCGUUUGGGUUGCCGGGCUCGCCCUGGUUGUUGUUACCGUGGAUGAGGAGCGAGUCGGAGAGGUCAUGGGCUAUGCAACCAUGGGCAUGACUUGGGGGUCUUUGUUAGGCCCGGGCCUAGGAGGUAUCAUGUAUGAAAAGUUGGGCUUCCAUGGGGCAUUUUACCUACCGAUUGCACUCAUUGCUUUGGAUAUCUUUUUGCGCUUUGCCAUGGUUGAACCAAAGGUUGCUGGACAGUGGAAGCAGAAUGUGUCAGGACGCAACUCUCCCUCUACCAAAGGGACAGACGAACGCUCGCCGUUAAUAUCGCCCCCAGCACCCGCUGAGCACAACUCGAACAAAGUGCCCCAGAUCCUCCAAUUAUUAUGCCAUAGGCGCCUUCUGGUGGCUUUACUGUCUGCUCUUGUUUGCGCAGCCACAUUCUCGGCGUUUGAGACGACCCUCCCACUCUUCCUAAUCGAAAGGUUCCAUUGGUCCCCCAGUGGUACAGGGCUGAUAUUUCUCGCGAUUUCUAUUCCGACCCUCAUCGGCCCGCUGAUCGGAACCCUGGUCGACAGAUACGGCGCCCGUAUCGUCUCCGGCAUAGCCUUCGCAUUCUUAGCCAUGUUUUUGACCUUACUCCGGCUUGUGCAGCACCCGGUAACUUCAGAAUAUGUUCUCCUGAUCGGCCUACUAGCUGGUGUCGGCUUCGCAAAUGUCGCAACCUCCUUAUCCUCCAUGAUAGAGGUCUUCCAAACAGUCUAUCAGCCCGACACACUUCCAGCCAGUACUGCCGGGGCCAACGCAAACCCGAUUGCCCAAGCAUACGCCCUGUUCAACAUGGCCUUUGCAGGUGGGCAGCUUCUUGGUCCAAUUAUGGGCGGAUUCAUAAAGGAACGUGCAGGGUGGAAGGUCAUGACCCUGGUGCUAGGCCUGGUGGCAGCCGUGACUAGCAUUAUAGUUGCGAUCCUUGGGGGAGAGGGGUCGCCCAAGGGCAAAAGUCGAGAGCCUGAAGACGGAGUGCCAGCUUGA